GGAGGAUCCUCUUCGAUGAAUCAUGCCAGUGGAAGCGGCUCCUCUGGCUCUUCUUCUAUUUUUAAGGAGAAUAAAGACAAGGACCGUACUAUUGGCUCAGGCUCCGGUGCGGGAGGUAGGACAGACGCAAACGGAUGCAGCGUCGCGACAACCGCACUGCUGGCGUUAAAUGACAACAACUUCGGAGUCGAGAUCAUCAGCGGCGACCAUGACAUCAUCGGAAACGCGACUGCGGCAACAGUGUUCUUGGACAGCAAAAGCGGCGGACCAGGUGGCUCAGGUGCAGCAAGCCAUGCUGGUGGCGGAGCGCACCAGCAAAGCCGUCCUGGCUCGCAGCAAGCGGCAAGUCGACCAGGGAGUCGUGGAUGCACAGGAAGCACGUUUCUUGACCAGCACUUAGGCUACCUGGGAUCUUCUGUUGCGGGGCCGCACAGCGGUACGGAUUUGUUCUCGUCAAGGCCGAACAGUCGCAUGAGUCGGCACGGUGCGAGUCGACUCAGUAGCCGCAUGCCCACGAAGGAGUCCGUGUCCUCAUCAUCUGGAACUGGAUCAUCUUCCGGCACGUCG